AUGAGUCGGCGGAUCAAGCGGGCUCGCCUCGACCCACCUGCCGCCAACCUCGCCGGAGGGCCUUCGCUUCGCCGACGGCCGGAACGUCGAGCCGACUCCGCCCCUUCGGCGGUGGGGGGACCCGCCCGCAAACGCCGAGUCCAAAAGAAGAGACGCGAUUCCUCUUCCUCACGGUCUUCCGGCUCGCUGGAUUCUCCGAUUUCCCGCAACAGCAUGCACGGUGAGUCCUUUUGUUCUCUGUUUAUACUGCAAUCGGGGUCAGAGGUACUGUAGGGUGCAUUUCCGGUGCUUGUACCACAUGUUGUGAAAAGAAACUGAUACAACUAAGGCAUCACUACGUGCAGAUUAAGCACUUCCGGCUAAAGUUUUGAUGGAAAAAUAUUACUUAGCGCUACCCGCAAACACCUUAAAGGGACCGCCUUAUCUUCACAGUAAUCAUCUUAUCUAUUGCACUAUGAGGGAAACAUGUCAUAUCUGCAAGUGAAGUGUGUACAUGCAAGAAGCAAAACAAACACCGUAUUUGCCCUUGAGUAAUUUCCGUAACGUCCAGAUCACUUUCCAUCCGUUCCGUAUAUUAUUCUUGAAGUCGAGGAACAAAGAUUGGACAUUCUGUACAAAAAUAAUGCAUUACGCUUAAAACUGGUGCCGAUUAAUCAGUUGGUACUCAUUCGUUGUACACUAUUUUUGAGGCCUGUUUUUUACUCAUUUUUUGAUAUGUCAUCCUCAUGGAUAAUAUAAAUUUCUUGUAGUUUGGGUCGAAAAACCGAGCCAACUGCAAUUCAACAAACACUUCGGACGGGUUUAGGUAAUUUCUAGAACGUUUUUCCCUCCGACGUGGCCAUAGAACACUUCUCAAGACCGAUUUUAAUCCAUCUUCAUCAAAAAAGAGAAAAAUAAGGGAGUUUGUGGGCCACGCUAAGAGGGUUACUCAAGUCACGGGGUGUUGAUCUGAGCCUUUUGUAACCCGCAAUUUAGGUAGAGUGAAACGUCGGCUAACUGAGGGGUAUACGGGUCAAAUGGGGAGGUGUAAAAAGUGACCUCUCAAAGGCAUUUUAUUGAGCCGAAGAAAGGAAAUACGAUAGGCCAGAAGAUGCAUAGAGUAAAAUGGAGGGCAUUACUCACAAGGCACUACAUCGACUCAACCACUUAUUUUGACAGCUCUCGAAUUUGAUGAUUUAUGCGAAAAUUAUAAAAAAUUUUCGAAAUUUGGCAAAGAACCUUCAUCCUUUUUUAUCCGCACUUAAAGUAGCUUUAAUACUUUAUGAAAAUGUUCAUUUUUUAGCCUGGAACUACGACGAUGAAGGCGAGUGUGGCCCAAAGAACUGGCCCGGCCAAAUUGACGGCAAAUACCAAUCCCCUAUCGACUUGAAAUUGAGCAAGAUGAAGGUCGUCAACUUGGAUGAUCAUUUUGUCUUCGAAAACUAUGAUAAAGUACUGGUUGGAGAGUUUGUAAACAAUGGGCAUUCUGUCCAAUUCAUCCCUGAUGCUGGCCAAGCCAUCCCCACUGUAUCUGGGGGCAUGUUGGACCAGAAAUACCAGUUUGUUCAGUACCAUUAUCAUUGGGGGCAGCAUGAAGGAGGUGGGUUAGCUAAUGUUUUUGAUUACAAAAUAUUUUUUCUUUUUAAGGCAAUAGAAUACAGUGUAAAAUUGCCUUCUUGAAUAAUUUAAAUUUUCUGAAAGGCCUUGGGGUCUUACUGUAACAAAAAAAAUGAAAAGAUCCGGAUAUUUGUAUAAACUUUCUCACUUUUUUCUCAAAUAUUUGCAAAAUUCUUGCUGGUUUUCCAAUAAAAACACUUUUCAACAACGAAGAAUGCCUUUGUUUUUCGCUCAGAACGAUUUACACCGUAGACCAGAAAUUCGUCUUUCCGAUUUCAAAAUUUUCCGGAAAUUAAUCAAAAAAGGGAAAUUAGCUGCUAAAAUAAAAUUGGAAAUUGUUCUCCUGGCCAGUGGUAAUUGAAUUCGAUGGCUGGUUUGGUGCCUGAGGGAAAUGCCGUCACCCAAUUUGAAGGAUUUCCACUAAAACGGGGAAAACAUCAAGUUUUUUUGUUUUUUACAAAAUUAUAAUUUUUUGGUUUUUAAACUAUAAACUCCGGCCUAAAAAAUGCAGCUUGAAGGUGCUAAUCACUCGACACUCCUUUGUCUUUCUGUCCAAUCCCUAAUCGCCCCCUUUUCUGCGUUUUGCCCUUAGGGGGGAAUGACGGAAAAGGCUAUUAAAUCGGCCCUGAGGGCUCAUUAACACUUCCAGGUGACACAUUAGGUAGAAAGAGGCUUGUUGCCAUCAUAAAAACCCCAAUAAAGCCGGCAGGCAUCAUGUUGUUCGGGAAUUAUGUAGGGUAAUAUUACUCAUAACCUUUUAUGACAUUGUAAUUGUUUAUUUUCAUAGCUGUUGGAAAACAAUUUAAAAAUAAUUUUAUGAUGGUUUUUAUUCGAUAUUUGAAUUGCAGGCUCGGAACACACCAUCGGCGGACUCCGUUACCCCGCCGAACUCCAUCUUGUUCACCAAGGUGUAGAUGACCCCACAAAACUCGCUGUUCUGGGGGUCUUUCUCAAAUUGGGAGAACAGGAGAAUGCCCUCAGGGCUGAAGUUGACAUCCUCCCCAACAUUAUUGAAUGCGGUCAGAAAUGCCGAUUGGAAAAAGGGGUCCGGCUUCAGGAUAAACUCCCGGAGUGCCCAUCCAGUUUUGCCAGGUACGAUGGUAGCCUGACUACCCCUCCAUGCUCGGAAAAUGUGGUCUGGACUGUAUUUACUGACCCAGUAGAGGUGACUGAACAUCAGGUAAGUGUUCGGCAGCGGUUUUGAGAUGGUUUUUAUAAUACCCAUAACCUUGGUGUGAUGAUUUUGGAAAAGAAGGCCAAAAAGAAAUAAUUUUCACUAAAUUCAUUAUAAAUCAGUAAAUUAGAACAGCUCAGUAUCCAUACUGAACAUGGGAAUUUUUGCUUUUCUCCACCUAGUUCCAUUAUCAUAAUUUUCUGAACUUCCUCCAACUUAUUCCACCGUGAAUGACGUUUCACUCCAAUUUCAACCCCAAUGUCAACAUUUGGCCUUCUUUUUCGAAUAUUUCCUCAAAUUUCCUGUUCCCACGUUCCUUUUUUCCGAUAAAAAUCUUUUUUUUGCAGCUGGACCUUUUGCGGAACGUGAAAGACAAUCGAGGAGCAAUCAUCCGAAAGAAUUAUCGACCGGUGCAGUCGUGGAACGACCGCAAAGUCUUUCUGGCGUGCUGA